UCCUCCCGGGGAAGUGCCAGUGCGUCUGCAGGGCCUGAGUCUCACAUGCAGUUUUGUUUCCUUGGGGUCUCCCAAGAGCUGAUUGAAAAUCUCCCUGGUCCGUCAGAGCCAGGCUCCAUCAUGCCCAGCUCCAUGGCCGCAGUUUGCAGCCUCAGCAAACUGAAGCCACCACUUGCCCUGGAGCUAGAAUCUCGCCUCCUGUGGGCUCUUCUGAACAGGAUGUGCACCCUGGGCACUGGGCAGGACACCACACACUGCCGGGCUCUGUACAACAACUAUUCGCAGAGCCUGGACCUCCUGCUCAGGGGCCUGCUGACAGAGACCCCCACCAUGGAGAAGCUGCAGCACCUCCUGGAGCACGUCCAUCCCUCUCUCCUGUCAAACAACACCCAGGAGAGAGCCAGGGCCGUCCAGACCAGCGCGGCCCUGCUCCAGUUUGCCACCUCCCUGCCUGGAUUUGACGUCUUCGGAGAAAUAUUCACCAAAGACCAGAAGAGCAGUUUCCUCCAGGCGGGGCUGCUGGCCAUCCACCACCCCCUCCUCCGCGUCAGCCAGGCUGGCCUGGUGCUGACCUAUUCCAUCCUGGGGGAAGCCGGCCAGCUGCUAGAGGACGAGGGGGAUAUUACAGCCAACAUCAUGGUACAACUAUUUAACAUCAGGGGCUUGGGCCAGGUGCCCGACUCACUGCAGGGGCUGUGCUCCGUGGGGCAGCCUUGAAGACCCCCUCUCUUCGCAUGACCAGCUCCCACCCCCUGCCACAGCCUCGCUCCAGGCCCUCCACCCACCCGCUGCACAGCAUUGCCUCCUCCUCCUCCUGAUCUUCCCAGCCCCUCCGAUUUCGACUACAUGGCUUCGAUCUUUGCGUGGAUAUGGACUUUGGCUCGUACGUCCGACCACCCAGCUUCGACCUCUGGCCUGGACAUGGACACUGGCUCCGGUUCUGCCUGAACAUACUCAAUUCCCAGCAGCGGUAGAAAGGCCCCAUCAUUAAUCAAACCCUAACCCCGCCCCAUUAUCCCUUAGUCCCUCCCACCUGUCACCGGAAGUCCCGCCCCAUGGGGGUAUUACUUCGUGGUCAAGGCGGCCACAUAACCGGAAGCCAGGUGUGUCAUGUGACCUCUCUAAGAACUCCUCCCGCCACCCUCUACCAAUCAGGAUGGGGUUUGUCCCAAAAGGACCACCCCAAGAGGAGAUUUGACCAAUCAGGGCGAGUUCUGGGGUGGGAGGAUGACCUGUCCCGACGUGGGUCUUGUGACCCCUCUAAGAACUUUUCUUACUGCCCUUGACCAAUUAGGAUUGGUUUUGUCCUGACAGGACCACCCCAAGAGGAGAUUCUGACCAAUCAGGGCGAGUUCUGGGGCAGGGUGACCUGUCCGGGAGUGGGCCAUAUGACCCCACUAAGAACUC